AUGCCCGUCGAUCGCCUCUUGUCGACGCUGCUGCGCUCGCUGCAGACAUAUACGGAUCAGCAGGACACGCCGCGCCUUCUUGGAACCGCGUCUUCACUGCUUACUACUCUCGGGAACCCACACAACCUUAGUCUUUUGACUUCGCAUCUGCUUACAGCCCCCGCGCUAUGGGACCGUCCUGACGGCGUGCGGACGCCCCUGCGCAUGCUCUCCGUCUUCCACUCGGCUAUCACGACAAUCAUUAAUCAUCACAAUGAUGUGCGCUUCAACAAGGCGCCUAAACUUACGCCUGGUCAGAUUCCCACGGGAGGAGGCCUGUCGCUCGAUGAAUGGGUCCGCGCCGUGGUUGCGGGCGCAGACGACCGCAGCCGACGAUGGAAGCACCUGGUUGUGCUAGGGGGCCUGUUGAUUGGCAUUGGCAAUCUCGAAGAGCAGGGAAUGGAUUUGUACUGGGCAUCCGCUAUGCGCAAGAGGGUAGAAGGCGCGCUGGUGCGGGCGACAAAUCUGGCCCUGGUUGAAGUUAGGGAGCACUCUGAGGCUGAUGGAUUGGGAGGCCACACGAUAACAUUGGUUCUUAAUCACGCCUUUGGAUGCAUUGGGGAAGUGGAGAGAGCGCAGUUUGAUUAUGAUUUGUUGCUUCCUGUGCUCAUUGGGACGGCAUUUUAUUCCAAUGAAGGGUUUCAGUCCGCAUACUUCCUUGGCGGUUUGGAUCUGGAUGUGCGGACAACUCAGUCAGGAAAGCUGGAUUGGAGUCCACACUCGAGUUCCUACAGACAGGUCGAGGUCAUCAUGAACAGGCCGCUUGUAGCCUCAAUGGGACCUCUGUCGCGUCUGAUUGCGCAUGCAGUUGAGAACGUCAAGAACCCCUGGAUCAUCCAGACCAUGAUGGAUGAUCUUGCAAGUUUUUCUCGUGCCCUCACUACGCAAUGGCGACAGAACAAGUUUUCUGAUAUUGAGCCCGCUGAAGAGGCAGCCAACCUGGAAGAGGAAGCGCUUCACAAGACCACACCACAGCUGUGGAACCUUCUCAAGGCCGCCUUGUUCGCCACGACCAUCAUCCUCCGUGGCGUCUUCAAACGGACACUAGCCGAUAGACGACUUGCUGCCGAUGCCGUUGCCCCAUUGCUCGCUGCGCAAGCCUUGCAGACACUGCGCCAUCUCUACUUCAUCACAUCGCGGCUAGGCCCAGCGUCAUUUUCCCAGCACACCUUUGUCUACCUCACCGCCAUCGACAUCCUCGCUGCCUAUCCUAAUCACGCCGACAAGUUCCUCAAAACAAUCGCCUCCCAACAUCUCGGGCAAAUUCCCAGCCACCCCCUGGACCGCAUUCUUGAUCUCUACUUCCUCAACACAGCCGAGCACUUCACCCUGGUCCUAUCCCCAUCCACGAACGAAGACCUCCUCGUUGCGUCCGCAGUCCCCUACCUCGCCGCAGCUGAAAACCGCAACAUGCUUCCCAUCUUCGAAGCAGCUCACAGCGUCAUGCUUGCCGUGUUAUCAGCCCCUCAAUCCGCAAACCUAACCGCAAAACACCUCCCCUUCUACAUCGACGCACUCUUCCGCGUUUUCCCUAACAACCUUUCCCCCCGCCAAUUCCGCCUCGCAUUCAAGACCCUCAUGCGUGUUACUGCGCCCCCAUCCCCACUCUCAGCAACGCACCCAGAUCUCCCAGUUACUCUGUUGGAAAUCGUGUAUCACCGCGCUCUCAAUGCUCCUACGGCCCCACUUCCCCCUGACGCCGUGGCCCUCGCCCUGCAAGACUCCGACGCCCCACCCCCUGCCCUCUCUGAACAAGCCGUCCUCGCACUCACGCUCAUUGACGCACUCCCGUAUCUCCCUAUCGCCCUAUUGGAUGAGUGGCUCCCAUUGUGCGCGGAGCUCCUCAACCAGAUUCACGAUGAUGAGAUGCGCGAGGUGGCGAAGCGAAGGUUCUGGGAGGUACUCGUGAGUGGGGAGAUGGAUCCCGAGCGCAGUGUUGUAGCGGUGAAUUGGUGGAGUACAAUGGGGGGUAGGGAAAGAGUAUUGUAUGGGAGGGAGGAAGGGGUGGGGUGGAUGAGUGGGGCAUUGCCGGUGGAGGAGGAUAGGAAGGUUAGAGAAAGUAAAUUGUAG